AUGUCAGACCGAGCAGAAGUCAUUUCAUUAUGCAUUCGACUUGCUGCCGCCGCUGCUUUGUCGUUUUUCACCGUCCGCUACAUGGUAAAAUUUCUUGACCCACAGUACGCCUCUCGCGAAGAGAACAAAAAACGGGUUGCGCAACUUUUCCAAGAACUAGGUAUGAGUGAGAAAAUUGAACUGAAUGAGCACGAGUUGCGAAUUGCCACUCAGUUUGUUGGAGG